AUGCUGCAUUCAAAGACAUACCCCGAUGAAGGUAUGCUAGCUGCAAAGGUUGAAUAUGAAUGCAAAGUGAGAGGUGCCCAACGAAUGGGUUUCAAUCCCGUGGUUGGUGGCGGGCCUAAUGGAAGUGUUAUACAUUACUCUAGGAACGAUCAAAAGAUUAAAGAUGGAGAUCUUGUUUUGAUGGAUGUUGGAUGUGAGUUACAUGGCUAUGACAGUAAUCUCACACGUACCUGGCCACCUUGUGGUACCUUCUCUUCUGCACAGGAGGAGUUUUAUGAGCUUAUACUGGAAACAAACAAGCAUUGUGUGGAACUUUGUAAGCCUGGUGCAAGUAUUCGACAAAUACACAACCGUUCGGUUGAAAUGCUGCAGAAAGGACUAAAGGAGUUUGGAAUUUUGAAAGGUUUUGGAAGCAGUUCCUACCAUACGCUGAACCCAACUUCUAUAGGUCACUAUCUCGGAAUGGACAUUCACGAUUGUUCAAUGAUCAACUUUGACCGUCCUCUGAAGCCAGGUGUUGUAAUAACUAUUGAACCGGGGGUGUACAUCCCAUCUUCUUUUAAUUGCCCAGAGAGGUACCGAGGCAUUAGAAGUCGAAUGCUUGUAUCGAAUUAA